AUGCCGCGCGACAUCCUCAGCGAACAACAGUGUAACAUCGAAUUCGUUAAGAACGUGCAAAAAUUCCCUUGCUUAUACAACUUUGAGUUGCCAUCGUACACAAGAAAGGAUAUCAGCGAUAAAGCAUGGGAGGAGGUGGCCGAAGCGAUGAAUAUGACACCAUCCGCAUGCAGAGAAAGAUGGAGGAACUUGCGAGCGGUCUUCAUGAGGACUAUAAAAGCUACAGGCGCCGGUACUAAGAAGAAACCAUACUACCUAGCAGAUGUCAUGCAAUUCAUAGUGCCUUUUCUAAGACCUACUACCAUGACAGAAGCGGAGAAAAAUAAAAUACUAAACAUGGAAUUGAAUAGAGCGGAAAAUUCUAGAACCAAAGAAUCGGAAUCGACCGCGUCAGUGGAAAUAGCUCUGGAAGAAAUAAAGGUUGAAAGUAUUGAUGAAGAUGAUACGGCACAAAGCGGGGGACCAGAUUGGGGGGUUGAAAUUACUAAUUCAUCAAGAAAACGUCCGCCAGACGUCGAAGAACAGUAUACAACUAUUACUAAAAAAAGACUGUCUUCAGUUCAGACUUCUGCGAUAGGGCCGCUUGAAACCAGCGAUCCCGUGACAUCAUUCGUCAAUAGUCUCAUGCCAGAGCUCAAAGAAAUGAACUCUAUGCAAUUCAAGUGUUUCAAACGAAGAGUUUUAGUACUAAUAGAUGAUAUAACAUCUGAGAUACCAAAUGCGCCACCACAUGAAAACGAUUAUAUUGUGUUUGACAAUCAAUGA